UGGAAUCUGAAGGUCCCUAUGUCAGGAACAAACCAGACUCCUUCAUCCGUCACAGAAUUCAUCAUUGUUGGCUUUCCAGGGAUCCAGGGCCAAGAUGCAAAGACGAUAUUCUCUGGAGUCUUCCUAACAUUGUAUUUGCUUACUUUUGUGAGCAAUCUUCUGAUGAUAAUUGUAUUUGCGAUGGAUGAAUCUCUUCACUCACCGAUGUACACGCUCAUCUGUAGUUUAGCUUUUUUGGACUUAAUUGUUGUUUCAGUCACAGUUCCAAAAAUGGUAGCAGUCUUCAUGUUUGAUUUUAACAUCAUCUUGUUUAAUUCUUGUUUUACUCAGCUUUUAUUCCACCAUGGUCUGGUGGUAGCAGAAUCUUUUCUGCUUGGUCUAAUGGCUUAUGACCGAUAUCUUGCUAUUUGCCAUCCUUUGCACUACCCUAACAUUAUGACAAAUUUGGGGGUUGUCAAAAGAAUCAUUUGCUGUUGGAUAGGUGGAUUUCUCGGCCCAACGAUUCCUCUAAUUCUAGCUCUCCGGUUGCCUUUCUGCGGACCCAAUAAAGUUGCCCAUUGUUUUUGUGAUCAUGUCUCUGUAAUACGACUUGCCUGUGCCGAAACUGUUGUCAAUAACUAUGUCGCUCUAUCCAUAUCUCUGUGCACAUUGUUCUUCCCACUACUAUAUAUCCUGUAUUCCUACAUUAGAAUUGUAAAAUCGGUAUUGAAGAUCGCCAGCUCUGAAGAAUACGUGAAGACUUUCUCCACAUGCAUCACGCACAUUGUCGUCAUUUCUGUCUUCUUUUUGACUGCUGCUAGCGUUUACAUUUCCUACCGAAUUCCAGGUACAUCUACGGACAUGAGGAUCAUGGCAGCGCUUAUUCAGAAUAUGAUUCCACCUCUAAUGAACCCAAUAAUAUAUUGCCUUAGAACAAAAGAGAUCAGAAAGAGCUUUAUGAAAACUUUGAGAAGAAAUAUAAUACUUACAGCAUUAAGGUAACGUGUAAAUAUUUUUAUGCAGCAUUAUUGAUGCAACUGCCUCAUAACUUCUGGACACUGGGAAAAAUCUCAGAUUUGUCUAAAUCUCUAUAUUGCUUUCUCUCUGCAAGUAAUUUUAUCCUGGUACAUUGAUUUUCCUCCCAAAGGAAACUGAAAUAGAUGAUUUGUGCCUGUAAUUUACUCGAUUGAGUGUACUGAUGGACUGCCACCUUGGGUAUGAAUAGUUCCUGAAGUGUGCUCUUUUGUACCAAAUUAGGCUUCAGCACUCCAGGAACUUGAAACAGGAUCAAUUGAGUUACUAAAGUAAAGGGAGAGUCGCUUUUCAUUCAUUAAUUAAUUCAUUUGUAUGUAGUUUCACUUAAUAGCUGAAGUUCUCUGGAUUGAAAAGCAAUAUUUAGGAAAAGUCAGAGAUAGCAUAUACUGUAUUUCCAGAAUAUCAAUAUUUAUAUGACCAACUUUAGGUUUUGUUUAUCACUUAAAUAUUGUGAUUCAUGGCAAUGCUGUAAAAUACCUGCUUUUUUAAA